AUGCCCAUAACACGAAGGCUUCUUCGGCGAGAAAUCCGCUACGAAUCUGCCAAGGAAGAGGAGACAAACAUUCUUCAUCACCUAGGAUACUAUGAUAAGCGAACUGAAUUCUUUUCUCAUCUCCACAAUAAUCAGGGCUGGAUUCAAAACACUGUUGCGCACCACUUGAACCUAAACACCCCCGAUCUGUGUCAUGUAUCGGAUAUUGAGGACUGGUUACAUAGGAGCUUCAACGUUUGCGUUCCGGUCACCAUACGCCCCAAGGGUAUCAAGGUGAUUCUUCGACUCCCGCUCCCCUAUCGGGUCGGUGAGGAUUUUAGGCCGGGGAAUGGAGAUGAAAAAGUUCGAUGUGAAGCAGGGAGCUAUGCAUGGCUACAAGCGAACUGUCCAGACGUGCCGAUUCCAGAACUCUAUGGGUUUGCCCUCUCAACUGUGCCAUCCCGAUAUGUUCCCCAUCGGCCAGCUAGAAACGAGCACGCCGUUACCUCCAGCUAUCUGCUUCUCGAAUACAUCGAAGCAACCACCCGGGGACGUAUGCUGUCAGACACAUGGGCAGACGCUCGAAUUGACAUCAAACGGCGGAUGAAUCUUUUCCGCGGCCUCGCGCGCAUUCUCCUGCGCAUCAGCCAGACCCCAGUCCCCAGGAUCGGCUCUUUCAUCAUCGACCCCAAGGGGUAUCUCGUGUUGGCAAACCGGCCCCUUUCAAUGGAAAUCCAGCAGCUGGAGAACGAACACAUACCUACAGGCAUUCCGCGGGACUAUACGUAUUCCACUGUGGACUCCUAUGUGACAGAUGUUCUCGACUGCCAUGACAACCGGUUUCGGCAUCAGCCUAACGCAGUCAACGACCUUGGGGACUGUGUGUUCCAGCUCGCUUCCCUCGCAGGGAUGCGGACCGUCUCCAAAUCAAUCUUCCAGAAAGGCCUUCGACGCGGGCCAUUUGUGUUCUCGCUGACUGAUCUCCACCAGAGCAACAUCUUCGUGGAUGCGGACUGGAAUGUGACGUGCCUGGUGGAUUUGGAGUGGGCUUGCGCUUUGCCGGUGGAGAUGGUUCGGCCUCCCUAUUGCCUCACCAAUGUGGGUGUCGAUGAGCUGGCGGCCUCUGAGUACGAUCCGGUGCGUACAGAGUUCAUGGACGCUCUGGCAGUCGAGGAGAGAGCAGUCGCGGUGACGGCUGGACAUAGCAACAACUCGCCCCCGCUACUCUCCGAAAUCAUGCAAAAAUCCUGGGCGACGGGAACGUUCUGGUAUACGCUUGCUCUCUCCAGCCCGUCGGGAUUCUUGAUAAUUUUCAAACAGCAUGUGCGACCACUUUUUUGCAAAGAUCAAGACCGGGAUAUAGGACGCAUCGCAGCUAAAAAGCUGUCUGAUAAAAAGGAGUACGACAGACAUCUUCAACAGGCGUUCGAGGCCAAGUUCCAGACAUGA